ACUUGCGUAUGCUCCUCACACACACAGACACACACAAAACGCACCAUACGAAACAUGCGCACCCAAAACCUCGUUCCAAAAUCUAAACCCCAUCUCCUUCCCCAAAUGGCCAAGGAAAGCCUCCUCCUCCUGCUAGUACUAAUGGCGCUGGCCACAAACAUGGCAGUGGCAUCAGUGACGACCAGGAAGCUCAUGUUCCUAGUCCAGCCCCAGCCGAACCUCCUGACAUACCACAACGGCGCCGUGCUGAGCGGGGACAUCCCCGUCUCCAUCCUCUGGUACGGCCGCUUCACGGCGGCGCAGAAGGCCAUCGUCUCCGACUUCCUCCUCUCCCUCUCCGCCUCGCCCGGCGCAUCAUCAUCAUCAUCGACCCCCGCGACGCCUUCCGUCUCCCAGUGGUGGAGCAGCAUCCACCAGCUGUACCUCUCCAAGGCGGCGGCAGCGGCGUCCGUCGGCAAGAACAAGAACAACGGAGAGCACGCGUCCAAGAUCAGCGCGCGGGUGGUCCUGUCCGGCCAGGUGAGCGACGAGGCGUGCUCGCAGGGGAAGAGCCUGAAGCUGUCCCAGCUCCCGGGGCUCGCGGCCAUGGCGCGGCCGGCCAAGGGCGGCAUCGCGCUGGUGCUCACGGCGCAGGACGUGGCCGUGGAGGGGUUCUGCGCGAGCCGGUGCGCGCGGCACGGGGCGCUCUCGGACGCCGGCACGGGCACGGCCACGGCCACGGCGUACGCGUGGGUGGGCAACGCGGCGACGCAGUGCCCCGGGCAGUGCGCGUGGCCGUUCCACCAGCCGGCGUACGGGCCGCAGGGGCCCCCUCUGGCGCCGCCGAACGGCGACGUGGGCAUGGACGGGCUGGUGAUCAACCUGGCCAGCAUGGUGGCCGGGGCCGUGACCAACCCGUUCGGCGACGGGUUCUACCAGGGCGAGAAAGGCGCCGCGCUCGAGGCGUGCACGGCGUGCGCGGGGGUGUACGGCAAGGGCGCGUACCCCGGGUACGCCGGCCGGCUGCUGGUGGACGCGGCCACGGGCGCUAGCUACAACGCCAACGGCGCGCACGGGAGGAAGCACCUGCUCCCCGCGCUGUUCGACCCUGCCACGUCCGCUUGCGCCACGCUGGUGUAGAACUACUAGUGAUAAAGUGAGUCCGUCUCUCGUCACUCUCUGUACUGCACAUCUAUUCUAGCCCUGUGUCGCUGAACCAAGAGUGUACCGUGUAUCCGUGUACAUGCUGCUGCUAGCAUAUAGGAGUACUGGUAUGUCUGUAUGUGUAAAUAGUUGUGUAUGAUGAACUCGAGUUGUGUUCGGAGGAUCUUCGCGUGCUAAAUAAAAAGGAAUUGUAAAUUAAACUCGUGCUCUGCACGGAGUAA